AUGGAACAACCGAAAUUUCCUCUACCCAGUCUGAAAGACUUCCUUGGACGGUGGGGUGGUGAAGCCCAGAACCAGCCCUUUGAUGCCAAAACCUACUGCUUUGUGGUUGACUCAAAGGAAGAAUAUGCCAAGGGGAAAAUUAAGAGUAGCCAGGAUGGGAAGGUCACCGUGGAGACGGAAGACAACAGGACCCUGGUGGUUAAACCAGAGGACGUGUACGCCAUGAACCCUCCCAAGUUCGACAAGAUCGAGGACAUGGCCAUGCUCACUCACCUGAAUGAGCCUGCCGUACUGUACAACCUCAAGGACCGCUACACGUCCUGGAUGAUCUAUACCUAUUCAGGCCUCUUCUGUGUCACCGUCAACCCCUACAAGUGGUUGCCGGUAUACAACCCUGAGGUGGUGGAUGGCUACCGAGGCAAAAAGCGCCAGGAGGCCCCGCCCCACAUCUUCUCCAUCUCUGACAAUGCCUACCAGUUCAUGCUGACAGAUCGUGAAAACCAGUCCAUCCUGAUCACCGGAGAAUCCGGGGCCGGGAAGACUGUGAACACCAAGCGGGUCAUCCAGUACUUUGCAACAAUUGCAGCCACUGGUGACCUUGCCAAGAAAAAGGACUCCAAAAUGAAGGGGACCCUGGAAGAUCAAAUUAUCAGCGCCAACCCCCUGCUGGAGGCCUUUGGCAACGCCAAGACCGUGAGGAACGACAACUCCUCCCGCUUUGGCAAAUUCAUCCGCAUCCAUUUUGGCACCACUGGGAAGCUGGCAUCCGCAGACAUUGAAACUUAUCUGCUGGAAAAAUCCAGAGUCACCUUCCAGCUGAAGGCGGAGAGAAGCUACCACAUCUUCUACCAGAUUCUUUCCAACAAGAAGCCUGAGCUGUGUGAGUUGCUGUUGAUUACGACCAAUCCCUAUGACUACCCGUUCAUCAGCCAGGGUGAAAUUCUGGUGGCCAGCAUUGACGAUGCUGAGGAGCUGUUGGCUACAGAUAGUGCCAUUGACAUCUUGGGCUUCACCCCAGAGGAGAAAUCUGGACUUUAUAAACUGACAGGGGCUGUGAUGCAUUAUGGGAACAUGAAGUUCAAGCAGAAGCAGCGAGAGGAGCAAGCUGAGCCAGAUGGCACUGAAGUGGCUGACAAGACAGCCUACUUGAUGGGCCUGAAUUCUUCAGACCUCCUCAAAGCCCUGUGCUUUCCCAGAGUCAAAGUCGGGAAUGAGUAUGUGACAAAGGGCCAAACUGUGGACCAGGUUCACCACGCUGUGAACGCCCUCUCCAAGUCUGUUUAUGAAAAGCUCUUCUUGUGGAUGGUCACUCGAAUCAACCAGCAACUAGACACCAAGCUCCCAAGACAACACUUCAUCGGGGUCUUGGACAUUGCAGGUUUUGAAAUUUUUGAGUAUAACAGCCUGGAGCAGCUGUGCAUCAACUUCACCAACGAGAAACUGCAACAGUUUUUCAACCACCACAUGUUCGUGCUGGAGCAGGAGGAGUACAAGAAGGAAGGCAUCGAGUGGACCUUCAUCGACUUCGGGAUGGACCUGGCUGCCUGCAUCGAGCUCAUUGAGAAGCCAAUGGGCAUCUUCUCCAUACUGGAAGAGGAGUGCAUGUUCCCCAAGGCGACAGACACCUCCUUCAAGAACAAGCUGUAUGACCAGCACCUGGGAAAAUCUAACAACUUCCAGAAGCCUAAGGUGGUCAAAGGCAAGGCCGAGGCCCACUUCUCCCUCAUUCACUAUGCGGGCACCGUGGACUACAGUGUCUCAGGCUGGCUGGAGAAGAACAAGGACCCCCUGAAUGAAACCGUAGUGGGGCUGUACCAGAAGUCCUUCAACAGACUCCUAGCGCACCUCUAUGCCACCUUUGCUACAACCGAUGCUGACAGUGGGAAGAAGAAAGUGGCUAAGAAAAAAGGCUCUUCCUUCCAAACAGUCUCUGCACUUUUCAGGGAAAACCUGAACAAACUGAUGUCCAACUUAAGAACCACACAUCCUCACUUUGUGCGUUGUAUAAUACCCAAUGAGACCAAGACCCCAGGGGCCAUGGAACAUAGCCUGGUCCUGCAUCAGCUGAGGUGUAACGGUGUGCUGGAAGGUAUCCGAAUCUGCAGGAAGGGAUUCCCCAACAGGAUCCUGUAUGGGGACUUUAAACAAAGAUACCGAGUACUGAAUGCCAGUGCCAUCCCAGAGGGCCAGUUCAUUGACAGCAAAAAGGCUUGCGAGAAGCUCUUGGCUUCCAUUGACAUUGAUCACACACAGUACAAAUUUGGACAUACGAAGGUGUUCUUUAAGGCCGGCUUGCUUGGAACCCUGGAAGAGAUGAGGGAUGACCGCUUGGCCAAACUGAUCACUCGGACUCAAGCAGUGUGCAGAGGGUUUCUCAUGCGUGUGGAAUUCCAGAAGAUGAUGCAAAGGAGGGAGUCCAUCUUCUGCAUCCAGUACAACAUCCGUGCCUUCAUGAACGUUAAGCACUGGCCCUGGAUGAAGCUCUUCUUCAAGAUCAAGCCCCUGCUGAAGAGCGCAGAGACUGAGAAGGAGAUGGCUACCAUGAAGGAAGAGUUCCAGAAAACCAAAGAUGAGCUCGCCAAGUCAGAGGCAAAGAGGAAGGAGCUGGAGGAAAAGCUGGUCACUCUGGUACAAGAGAAGAAUGACCUGCAACUUCAAGUACAGGCUGAGAGUGAAAAUUUGUUGGAUGCCGAGGAACGAUGUGACCAGCUGAUCAAAGCCAAAUUCCAGCUGGAGGCCAAAAUCAAAGAGGUGACAGAGAGAGCUGAGGAUGAGGAGGAGAUCAACGCUGAGCUGACAGCCAAGAAGAGGAAGCUGGAGGAUGAGUGCACAGAGCUGAAGAAAGACAUCGACGACCUUGAGCUGACACUGGCCAAGGUUGAGAAGGAGAAGCAUGCUACAGAAAACAAGGUUAAAAACCUUACUGAGGAGCUGGCUGGGUUAGAUGAGACCAUUGCAAAGCUAACAAGGGAGAAGAAGGCCCUCCAAGAGGCCCACCAGCAGACCCUGGAUGACCUCCAGGCUGAAGAAGACAAGGUCAACUCUCUGAGCAAGCUCAAGAGCAAGCUGGAGCAACAAGUGGAUGAUCUGGAGAGUUCCUUAGAACAAGAAAAGAAGCUACGUGUGGACCUGGAAAGGAACAAAAGGAAGCUGGAGGGAGACCUGAAGCUUGCCCAGGAGUCCAUGUUAGAUCUGGAGAAUGACAAGCAACAGCUGGAUGAGAGGCUCAAGAAGAAGGACUUUGAAUACUGUCAGCUGCAAAGCAAAGUGGAAGACGAGCAGACACUGAGCCUCCAGCUUCAGAAGAAAAUCAAAGAGUUACAGCUGCGGAAGAAGCACGCGGACAGCGCAGCCGAGCUGGCGGAACAGAUCGACAAUCUGCAGCGCGUCAAGCAGAAGCUGGAGAAGGAGAAGAGUGAGUUCAAGCUGGAGAUCAGCGACCUCUCCAGUAGCAUGGAGAGCGUGUCCAAAUCUAAGGCCAAUCUGGAGAAGAUAUGCCGAACUCUGGAGGACCAGUUAAGUGAGGCGAGGGGCAAGAAUGAGGAGACCCAGAGGAGCCUGAGCGAGCUGACAACACAGAAGUCCCGGCUGCAGACGGAGGCCGGUGAGCUGAGUCGUCAACUGGAAGAAAAGGAGAGCAUAGUAUCUCAACUUUCCAGGAGCAAGCAAGCCUUUACUCAACAGAUAGAGGAGCUCAAGAGGCAGUUGGAGGAAGAGAGCAAGGCCAAGAAUGCUCUGGCCCAUGCCCUGCAGUCCUCCCGUCAUGACUGUGACCUGCUGCGUGAACAGUAUGAGGAGGCAAGGGCCAUGUCCAAGGCUAACAGUGAGGUGGCCCAGUGGAGGACAAAAUAUGAGACAGAUGCCAUCCAGCGCACGGAGGAGCUGGAGGAAGCCAAAAAAAAACUGGCUCAGCGCCUUCAGGAUUCAGAGGAGCAGGUUGAGGCUGUAAAUGCAAAGUGUGCUUCCUUGGAAAAGACCAAGCAGAGGCUCCAAGGGGAGGUAGAGGAUCUGAUGGUGGACGUAGAAAGAGCCAACUCCCUGGCUGCUGCUCUGGACAAGAAGCAGAGGAACUUUGACAAGGUGCUAGCUGAGUGGAAGACAAAAUGUGAGGAGAGCCAAGCAGAGCUGGAGGCAGCUCUCAAGGAGUCCCGAUCCUUGAGCACUGAGCUCUUCAAACUGAAAAAUGCCUAUGAGGAAGCCUUGGAUCAACUUGAAACCGUGAAACGGGAGAAUAAGAACUUAGAACAAGAGAUAGCGGAUCUCACUGAGCAAAUUGCCGAGAAUGGGAAAAGCAUCCACGAGCUAGAGAAAUCCAGAAAGCAGAUGGAGCUGGAAAAGGCUGAUAUCCAGAUGGCCCUGGAGGAAGCAGAGGCAGCUCUUGAGCACGAAGAAGCCAAGAUCCUCCGAAUUCAGCUGGAACUGACCCAGGUGAAGUCAGAGAUUGACAGGAAGAUUGCAGAGAAGGAUGAAGAGAUUGAGCAACUGAAGAGGAACUACCAGAGGACAGUGGAGACCAUGCAAGGGGCCCUGGACGCUGAGGUGCGCAGCAGGAAUGAGGCCAUCCGGCUCAAGAAGAAGAUGGAGGGUGACCUCAAUGAGAUUGAGAUCCAGCUGAGCCAUGCCAACCGCCAGGCUGCAGAGAACCUCAAGCACCUCCGGAGUGUCCAGGGACAGCUGAAGGACACCCAGCUGCACCUGGAUGAUGCUCUCCGGGGCCAGGAGGACCUGAAGGAGCAACUGGCUAUUGUGGAGCGCAGAGCCAACCUGCUGCAGGCAGAGGUGGAGGAGCUGCGGGCCACGCUGGAGCAGACAGAGAGGGCCCGGAAGCUGGCAGAGCAGGAGCUGCUGGAUUCCAAUGAGAGGGUGCAGUUGUUGCACACCCAGAACACCAGCCUCAUCCACACCAAGAAGAAGUUGGAGACAGACCUCACACAGCUCCAGAGUGAGGUGGAGGAUGCCAGCAGGGAUGCAAGGAACGCAGAAGAGAAGGCCAAAAAGGCCAUCACUGAUGCCGCCAUGAUGGCGGAGGAGCUGAAGAAGGAGCAGGACACCAGCGCCCACCUGGAGCGGAUGAAGAAGAACCUGGAGCAGACGGUGAAGGACCUGCAGCACCGUCUAGAUGAGGCUGAGCAGCUGGCACUGAAGGGCGGCAAGAAGCAGAUCCAGAAACUGGACGCCCAGAUCAGAGAGCUGGAGUUUGAGCUGGAAGGGGAGCAGAAAAGGAACACAGAGUCUGUGAAGGGCCUGAGGAAGUAUGAGCGUCGGGUCAAGGAGCUCACGUACCAGAGCGAGGAGGACAGGAAGAAUGUACUGAGAUUGCAGGAUCUGGUGGAUAAACUUCAAGUGAAAGUCAAGUCCUACAAGAGGCAGGCUGAGGAGGCUGAUGAACAAGCCAAUGUUCAUCUCACCAAGUUCCGGAAAGCCCAGCAUGAGCUGGAGGAGGCAGAGGAACGUGCUGAUAUUGCAGAAUCGCAAGUCAAUAAACUGCGGGCUAAGACCCGGGACUUCACUUCCAGCAGGAUGGUGGUCCAUGAAAGUGAGGAGUAAGCGAGCCUUCCUGAUGCAGGGCGGAAGACAUGCAGAUGUGUAUUUUCAUGGCUCUUGGCAAUCGUACUUAAGUUCCAUGCGACUCUUUUCCACAUGCAAUAAAAUUUGCCUUGUUUUCAA